GACAAAAUUUGAGAUUAAAUAGUUAAAUACAAAUGUUAUAUUAUUAAAUUUAAAGAUAUUCUUCUCAGAAGGUUAUAUACUUUUCCGUGGCGACGACAUGAUCCCCGGAAGCAGAGGUUGAUCGGAGGAAAGAUCAGCGGCCAAAAUCCAGAUGUUUGGGGAAAAUGGCGUGAAAGGAAGAGAGGGAAACCCAACAUUGGAGAACACUGGUGUUUGAGUAUAGAUUUCGUUAAGCUCUGAAAACCAGUGGUCUGUGUGCUUUGUAGUGAUAAUGAUAAUAAUAAUAAUUAUUAUUUGUGGAUAAGAAAAAAAAAAAAAACACAAACAAAACACAAAAACAAAUACUAAAAUGUUUUUGAUUUUGCUGAGAAAACGAACGGCCUGCGUUUGAAAAUGCCGGCGAUUCUGGAGAUAAGCAACAGAGGUAACCGGAUUUUGUAGACAAGGAACAGAGAAGGCCAUGGCCUCAUCCCCUUCUUCUUCUGUUCCUCUCCCACUUUCACCUACCUCAACAGCCACUCCAAACCCCAAUUCCCACUCAUCUUUAACCAUUCCACCUCCCAAGAAACCCCAAAAUCUCACCAUUCGUGCUCGCCUUAGCAAGCUUUGCCAAGAGGGCCAACCCCACCUUGCACGCCAACUGUUUGAUACUUUGCCUCGACCAACUACUGUUCUUUGGAACACCAUCAUUAUUGGGUUUAUUUGCAACAAUUUUCCAAAUGAAGGGCUUUUGGUUUAUGCCCAGAUGAAGAAAUCUGCUCCUCAAACCAAAUGUGAUUCUUAUACUUACUCUUCAACCCUUAAGGCUUGUGCUGAUACUCGGAACCUUAAGUUGGGUAGAGCAUUGCAUUGCCAUAUUUUGAGGUGUAUAUCGAACCCCAGUAGGAUUGUGUAUAAUUCGUUGUUGAAUAUGUAUGCUGCUUGUUCACAUUCACAUGGUGGUUUAGAUUAUUCAAAGUAUGAUUUGGUUCGUAAGGUGUUUGAUACAAUGCCUAAGAGAAAUGUGGUUGCUUGGAAUACACUUGUUUCUUGGUAUGUGAAGACUGAGAGAUAUGAACAAGCUGUUAUGGAGUUUGUGAGGAUGAUGAGGAUGAGAGUAAAACCAAGUGCGGUUAGUUUUGUUAAUGUAUUUCCUGCUUUAUCAGGUUUAGGAUAUUAUAAUCAUGCUAUUGCUUUAUACGGAUUGCUAAUAAAAAAUGGAGGGGAAUUUGUGAAUGACUUAUUUGUUGUGAGUUCUGGGAUAUUCAUGUUUGCUGAGCUUGGUUGUUUGGAUUUAGCUAGGAAGAUGUUUGACCUUUGUUUGGAGAAAAACACAGAAAUUUGGAACACCAUGAUUGGUGGAUAUGUUCAAAAUAACUUUCCCAAUGAAGCAAUUGACCUUUUCCUUCGAGCAACGUUGUCAGAAGAGGCUGUUCUUGAUGAAGUCAGUUUUCUUUCGGCUGUAACUGCAGUUUCGCAGUUGCAACAAUUAAAGUUAGCUCAAGAGAUACAUGCUUAUGUGAUCAAGAAUUUGAGAGUGGUACCUUUAUAUAUACAAAAUGCUGUUAUUGCUAUGUAUUCAAGGUGUGGUUCUGUUGAUAUAUCAUUUAGUAUCUUUCAUGGGAUGCCGGAAAGGGAUGUUGUUUCGUGGAAUACUAUGGUUUCUGCAUUUGUGCAUAAUGGUUUGGAUGAUGAAGCUUUAAUGCUUGUGUAUGAAAUGCAGAAACAGAAGGUUACGAUUGAUUCUGUAACUGUAACUGCUCUCCUUUCUGCAGCAUCAAAUCUUAGAAACCCGAAUGUUGGAAAGCAGACUCACGCUUAUCUAAUUAGGAAUGGGAUAGAAUUUGAGGGGAUGUACAGCUAUCUUAUCGAUAUGUAUGCAAAAUCAGGAUUGGUUAGUACUUUACGAAUACUUGUUGAGAAAAGUUGUUCUCAUGAUAGAGAUCUUGCUACCUGGAAUUCUAUGAUUGCAGGGUACACUCAGAAUGGACUGAUUGAAGAAGCUUUUAUGCUUCUAAGAUUAAUGAUGAAGCAAAAAGUUGAGCCAAAUGCUGUAACUUUAGCAUCGAUUCUCCCAGCUUGUAAUCCAAUGGGGAACAUAGAUUUAGGAAAGCAGUUACACGGGUUCUCGAUUCGACACUUGCUGGACCAAAAUGUCUUUGUAGGAACUGCACUAAUUGAUAUGUAUUCCAAAUCGGGUGCGAUUUCCUAUGCUGAAAAUGUGUUUCAAGAAACCACUAUGAAGAAUUCUGUUACUUACACAACUAUGAUACUGGGUUAUGGUCAGCAUGGAAUGGGCGAAAAAGCUCUUUCUUUGUUUUACUCAAUGCAAAGUUCUGGCAUCAAACCUGAUGCCAUUACCUUCGUUGCUGUCUUGUCCGCUUGUAGCUAUGCUGGAUUGGUUGAGGAAGGUCUUCGAAUAUUUGAGUUGAUGACGACAAAAGAAUAUGAUAUUCAACCGUCAACUGCUCACUAUGGAUGUGUGGCAGACUUGUUAGGGAGGGCCGGUAGAGUAGUUGAAGCAUAUGACUUUGUUAAAGGAUUAGGCGAAGAGGGCAAUGUGCUCGAAAUAUGGGGAUCACUUCUCGGGGCUUGCAGAAUUCACGAACAAUUCGAACUGGGAAAAGUUGUUGCAGAGAAGUUGCUUGAAUUGGGGAAAGCAAAUGACAUGACAGGCUACCAUGUAUUACUCUCAAAUAUGUAUGCAGAGGAAGGAGAGUGGUCACAUGUUGAUAAAUUGAGAAAACAAAUGAGGGAAAAGGGUCUGUGGAAGGAGACUGGGUGUAGUUGGAUUGAGAUUUCCAGUUCUGUAAACUGUUUCGUUUCUAAAGACCAGAAACAUCAUCAGUGUGAUGAAAUAUAUGACAUGUUGGGACAAUUAGCAAUGGAAAUGAAGGAUGCUGGUUAUCAAAUUUCAGAUGGAAUCACUAACUCCAAUUAGCACUAUGGAUAACAACAAUGCUAUUCUUGCAUUCGACAGUUUCGGUUCAGUGGGAAUUGUUGAGCUUCAGCAGAUUUCUCGAAGUGGGUUAGUUCGAUGCGAACCGAUACCUGAUUCUAUCAAAUUUGUGAGCGUGGGGCUAUGGUGGCAAAAUCUGGCCAAGAAAGUUGAAACCGUGUAGCUUGGAUAAGUAAGUUACAUUACAUAUCUAGCUCAGAUAAGUAAGUUACAUUCCAUAUCUAGCUCAGUUACUGUUUAUUUAUUUUUUUAAUAAUAUAUUUUAUUUUUGUAAUGAUUAAAAUACAUUAGAUCUUUGUAAUUAAAGCAGAACUAGACAAUGAAGCAAAGUGUGGAAGUAAAAAGAAUCCGAGAAACGAAGAUAUUGGACAUGGGGUCUUGAGAUUGAUAGAAAUAACUGUAAAGAUAAGAAAAGAAGAGAAAAAUGAAAGACAUUUUUAUUCAAAGGAUUCUGAAAAAACCAACGUUUAAUAAUUUCAUGCCAUCAUUGAAAA